AUGGAAACUUUAAAAUCUGGGAGCAAAAAGAGGGUCCUUCCCUCCUGGAUGACAUCCCAGAUGACUGAGAGGAGGGUGGUGCCAGUGAAGACCCCCAAGAGGAGGAGAAUGGCUGCAGGAACCCCUGCCAUGAAGACUGUGUACUGCAUGAAUGAAGCAGAAAUGAUGGAUGUAGCUCUGGGGAUCCUGAUUGAGGUAAAGUCAGCUGUGUCCCUUUCUGCUCUUAUGACCAGAGACUUCAAGGACAGAAAGCAAUCCAAGGUCCUUGGUUAUUGUCAGGGAUUCUGCUUCUGUUAG